UCAGCUCAGGCCUGAUGCUAGCCACUCCCACACAGCUCCUUUCUUCCUAAUCCACUUCUCAUUCUCUUUGAGAAGGAUUGAGGUCUCUGGAAAACAGCCAAAAAAUUGUUAUGGGAACGGCAGGCCCAAAUAAGGCUCAGGCAUCAGGAGGAUCUGAGAGCUGAAAGCCACUUCUGUUCCCCUCCCUCCGCUGAGGGGGUGGGGACGGGUUCCCGAGCCACAGCCCCUUUGAGGGGGAUUUAGAAGGCACAUAAAGGCCCCCAGCCAAGGACUUGCUUCCUCAUCCCGUAGUUGGGGCCAGAGUUCUCAGGCCUCCACUGAGAGAAAAUGUCCAUCCAAGUCGAGCAUCCUGCUGGUGGUUACAAGAAACUGUUUGAAACGGUGGAGGAGCUGUCCUCGCCGCUCACAGCUCAUGUGACAGGCAGGAUCCCCCUCUGGCUCACGGGCAGUCUCCUUCGAUGUGGGCCAGGACUCUUUGAAGUUGGAUCCGAGCCAUUUUACCACCUGUUUGAUGGGCAAGCCCUCCUGCACAAGUUUGACUUUAAGGAAGGACACGUCACCUACCACCGAAGGUUCAUCCGCACUGAUGCUUACGUACGGGCAAUGACCGAGAAAAGGAUCGUCAUAACAGAAUUUGGCACCUGCGCUUUCCCAGAUCCCUGCAAGAAUAUAUUUUCCAGGUUUUUUUCUUACUUUCGGGGAGUGGAGGUUACUGACAAUGCCCUUGUUAAUAUCUACCCAGUGGGGGAAGAUUACUACGCCUGCACAGAGACCAACUUCAUUACAAAGGUUAAUCCCGAGACCUUGGAGACAAUUAAGCAGGUUGAUCUUUGCAACUAUGUCUCAGUCAAUGGAGCCACUGCUCACCCCCACAUCGAAAGUGAUGGAACUGUUUACAACAUUGGUAAUUGCUUUGGGAAAAAUUUUUCAAUUGCCUACAAUAUUGUGAAGAUCCCUCCACUACAAGCAGACAAGGAAGAUCCAAUAAGCAAGUCAGAGGUCGUUGUACAAUUCCCCUGCAGUGACCGAUUCAAGCCAUCUUACGUCCAUAGUUUUGGUUUGACUCCCAACUAUAUUGUUUUUGUGGAGACACCAGUCAAAAUUAACCUGUUCAAGUUCCUUUCUUCAUGGAGUCUUUGGGGAGCCAACUACAUGGAUUGCUUUGAGUCCAACGAAACCAUGGGGGUUUGGCUUCAUAUUGCUGACAAAAAAAGAAGAAAGUAUCUCAAUAAUAAAUACAGAACCUCUUCUUUUAACCUCUUCCAUCACAUCAAUACCUAUGAAGAGAACGAGUUUCUGAUUGUGGAUCUCUGUUGCUGGAAAGGAUUUGAAUUUGUUUAUAAUUACUUAUAUUUAGCCAAUUUACGUGAGAACUGGGAAGAGGUGAAAAAAAAUGCCAGGAAAGCUCCCCAGCCGGAAGUUAGGAGAUACGUGCUUCCUCUGAAUAUUGACAAGGCUGACACAGGCAAGAAUUUGGUCACUCUCCCCAACACAACUGCCACUGCGAUUCUGUGCAGUGACGAAACCAUCUGGCUGGAACCUGAGGUUCUCUUUUCAGGGCCUCGCCAAGCAUUCGAGUUUCCUCAAAUCAAUUACCAGAAGUAUGGUGGGAAACCUUAUACAUAUGCGUAUGGACUCGGCUUGAAUCACUUUGUUCCAGACAGGCUCUGUAAACUGAACGUCAAGACUAAAGAAACUUGGGUAUGGCAAGAGCCUGAUUCGUACCCCUCAGAACCCAUCUUUGUUUCUCACCCAGAUGCCCUGGAAGAAGAUGAUGGUGUAGUUCUGAGCGUGGUGGUGAGCCCUGGGGCAGGACAAAAACCCGCUUACCUCCUGAUUCUGAAUGCCAAGGACUUGAGCGAAGUCGCCAGGGCUGAAGUGGAGAUUAACAUCCCUGUCACCUUUCACGGACUGUUCAAAAAAUCCUGAGCACAUUCUAGCAAGAUAUGUUUCUGGUGACAAAACCAAGGAAAACAGUCAGAACUACAAUCAAAUUCUGUCCAAUUUUAGCCUGCUGUAAUAUACGGUUUUAACACGCAGACACACAAUUUUGCAAUGUUUUACAGAAAG